GUCAAGGAAAGGUAUAUCCACAGUAUUGAUAAGUUAUCUUCUUAGUUCAGUUUGAAAUGUCAUUUGCUCCAAUUUGAAGUUCUGUUGCUGUUAGUAAGAUAAUUUUAAAGAAAAACAAUGUCACAGAGGGCUAAAGUCAUCGAUCUGUACAAAACUCUGCUUCACCUUGGAAAGGACUGGCCCCAGGGAUCGGACUUCUUUAAGUCCAGGCUGAAGAAAGCCUUCAUGAAGAACCGAGACGUAUCGGACCCAGAGAAGGUCGAGGCGCUCAUCAAGCACGGAGAGUUUGUAAAGAAAGAAAUUGAGACGCUCUACAUGCUUAAGAAGUACAGGACGAUGAAAAGGCGUUACAGCAAUAGUGAUGUUUAGUCUACUUAGGGUAGUCAGGAAAAGUCAACAUACACAUGAUGAUUGUCAUGAAACCGAUUUCCUAACCAUGCAAGAAAUGAGCAAAAGUAAAUUUCAACUGUCAGUAUAUUGAAACAUUUAGCAUUCCAUGUGAUAACAGUACUAUUAAAGACAACGUUACAGAAUGUUGAACAGACAUAAGGUACUAAUUAAUUUUUACUAGAGGGUGCAAUUACAUUCAACAAUAAAAAAAUAACGCUUCGACAAAUCAAACCAGCGAGGAUAUACAGAUCGAAAAUGACCAGUAAUGACCAAAUUUGAGUUUUUAAGUUGCUUACAUUUCGUGGCUUUGUAGUAUGCUCAGCCGACUGAAUUGUGGUUUGCUCUGGGUUAAAACUUAAAAUUGAGUUACAUUGAGUAAAGCCAUCUUUGUACCUAGGUGAAUUUUAUAUUCUUUCUUAAUUUUCCUUUCCUUCUUAUGCCAUCUGUCUCAUACAAAGUUUAAUUGUUAGUGAUAUCCAGUUUAAAAAACGCUAAAUGACUCAAAAAAGCAUAUCUUGAAGGGUUUUCUGGGUAGAAACUUUUAACCUUCACCCCUAUAAUUUUGUUGUUUGUUAUACUUACUUUAAGUAAACUUUGUUUCAAUUUAAACCAGAAUUAAUUCAAUAUUAACAGUAAGGAAAUACUUGUGAUAACUAGUGCGUUUUGUUAUCAUAGAUAGAAAAAAGUUUGCCAAUGUUUAAUGAUUUGUCUUCUUUUCAUAUUAUCUAUGAAGUUUUCACAGGAGGAAAGUUUGUAAAGCUAAAUACCAUAGCUUAAUAUAACAAUAUUAUUUUUUUAAUUAGAAUUUGUGUAAAAUAAAUUUAAUAUUGAAAUAUUUUUAUAGAUGUAUGUGGACUUUUUUACUUGUUGUACAUCCAUUUCCAUU